AUGAUUCUUGCAUAUGGCGCCUAUUGGGGUACAGCUUACGCGGGCUACGCCUUGAUCUACACCCCAGGAUAUUACGUCCAUACCUGGGACCUGCACAACAAGGAUCUUAUAAGGCCUCUCUACUUAAUACUUAUCUAUGGCUGCUGCUACUCGGCCGUCCUACCUCUAAUCAAGACUGCGAUCCUGCUAGAUUGGUGCAGAAUAUUCGUUCCCAUAAACCGCAUGAGAAACGUCUUCUGGUGGGGUUGUGUAUCCGUUAUAUCUCUUCAGUGUGUAUGGGGUGUGCUGUGCAUCCUAUUAUUGAACAUGCAAUGCAGGCCUCAUGAAGCCAUCUGGAAGUUCUAUCUUCCAAGCAAAUGCUACUCUCUCCCCGACGUGAUGCUCACCUCUGCCAGCGUCCAAGUGGCGUCCGACAUAACGAUGUUCUUCCUGCCUCAGAGAAUUAUCUGGCGUCUUCAAAUGAACUGGCAAAAGAAGAUCGGAAUAUCGAUCAUUUUCGGCGUCGGUAUACUCGCCUCCGUCGCCGCAUGCUUCCGCCUCUCCCACACCGUCGCCUUUGCCAACACAACCGAUACCAUGUAUCUCAUCGGCCCACUACUUUUCUGGGCCUGUGGAGAAAUGACCUGUGGAUUUUUCAUCCUCAGUGUACCCUGCCUGUCUAAGCUCAUCAUUGAGUCUGGACUUCCCCGUAGCGUGAAGCAGUCACUCGGCUUUGGUUCUAAACCCAGUGAGCCUUCAUACGAGGAGUCGGAGCAACCACAUCGCUCAGGACGUUCUGAUGCAUUGCGCUCACAUCCUAUGAGACCAUGGCUAAAGAACACAGACACAUUAUGGUCUAAGAUUGGAGAUGAAGAUCAGGAUCAUCCUGUUCUGAGGGAUUCGGGAAAGUCGGAGUCGCAGACGAGUCUUCAUAGAGCACGCGCCGAUGGUCAGGAUUGA